AUGACUGUCUCAUCCGAGGGAAACCAGCACCGGGAGAAAAAUGGACCUCGACAAGAUAUUGAGGACUCCUCAUCGUUCUCCUCCACCCCCACCGAAGACUGGUUUGCAUGGCUGCAAGUUCUGGGUGCGUUCUGUCUGAAUCUCAAUACAUGGGGCCUCAUGAACGCCUUCGGGGUCUUCCAGACCUUCUAUGAGCUGGAUCUCCUCGCGUCGAAAUCCUCCUCCGACAUCUCCUGGAUUGGUUCGACCCAAGCCUUCCUCAUGUUCAUCGUCUCGGCGAUCGUGGGGCCAAUUGUCGACGCAGGCUAUGUGCGGUCCUUGCUGGGCCUGGGGUCCUUGCUCACCGUGCUGGGCAUGUUCAUGACGAGCCUCUGCAAUGCCUACUGGCAGGUGUUUCUGGCACAGGCGCUGACCAUGGGCCUGGGCUUCGGGUGUCUGUACGUGCCGGCCCCGACGAUCGUCUCGCAAUACUUCCACGCCAGUACUGCGCUGGCGAUGGGCGCGUCGUCAGCGGGCACUGCCUUAGGCGGCGUCAUCUACCCUCUCAUCUUCACCCAACUGCAACCGCACAUCGGCUUCGGCUGGGCGACGCGAAUAAUCGCCUUCAUCGUCUUGGCAACCAUGCUCAUCCCUCUAAGCGUGAUGCGCCCGCGAGCGCCACCAACCACACAAUGGAGCCUGAUCGACCGGACAGCCUUCCGCGACAUCCCAUACCUCCUCCUGAACACGGGCCUAAUCUUCGGCUUUAUGGGCUUCUACAUCAUCCUCUACUACAUCCAGUUAUACGCCAUCCAAGAGACGAGCGUAUCCCACACCAUCGCAACGUACAUCCUCGUAAUCAUGAAUGCAAGCUCGCUACCCGGCCGACUGAUCCCAGGAUACUACGCCGACCGCAUCGGCUCGAUCAACGUACAGACGAUCGUCGCGCUCGUAGGCGCCGUCAUGACUUUCGCGCUAAUAGCGAUCCACACCGCGCCCGGCCUGAUCGUCUACUGCGUGCUGUACGGCUUCGCGUCUGGCGCCUUCAUGGGUCUUCCCGCCGCUGGCGUUGUCAGUCUCUCGGCGGACCGUAGUAAGAUCGGGACCCGGCUGGGUAUGACCCUCGCGGUCGUGGGCUGCGGCGUGCUCGUGAGCACGCCUAUCGCCGGGGCGCUCUUGAAUUCUUGGGAUGGUCAUCGGUGCUGGGUCGGGCUGAUCGUUUGGUGCGGUGCUUUGCUGUCGGCUUCGGUCGUUGCUAUGGCUGUUACGCGGAUUUGGAAGAUUGGGGUUAGGUUUAGGAGGGUUAUUUAG